AACAUAGAGAAAACAUACAAAAUAUAAUAAUAAAAAAACAGAAUAUGGAAAGAGGAAGAGAAGGAGAGAACUAAGUGGGUCAGAGGCACACGUUAUGAGCAGGCAAUUCCAUGUGCCCACAUGGCUGAGGAAAAGAGGAAGAGGAGGAAGAAGAUGAAGAACAAGCACAACAAUAACAUCAACUGAAACAUCAAGACCCAAAAUUUCCACAAUUUUUUUUCCUGUAAUUUUAAUUGCUUAAGGGAUACAUAGACCAAAAAAGAAGAAGAUGAAGGAAAGCAGUGAUGGGUUUGUGAGAGCGGAUCAGAUUGAUCUGAAGAGCAUAGAUGAACAGCUAGAGAGGCACCUGAACAAGGUUUUGACCAUAGAGAAGAAAAAGCGAACAGGGGAAGAGGAAGAUGUUGAUCAUGUUCGUGUUCACGCCAGCAGCGCCACUGCUUCACCCACUGCCGUUAAAUUCAAACCUUCUGGUAGUGUUAAGUUCAAGAAGCAGAAGCAGGAGUGGGAGAUUGAUCCUUCUAAACUAAUAAUCAAGAGUGUUAUAGCUCGUGGCACUUUUGGCAAGGUCCAUCGGGGUGUCUAUGAUUCUCAAGAUGUUGCUGUGAAAUUGUUGGACUGGGGCGAAGAAGGCCAAAGGACAGAAGCAGAAGUCGCUUCCUUGAGGGCAGCGUUUAUACAGGAAGUUGCUGUUUGGCAUAAACUUGAUCAUCCCAAUGUCACAAAGUUCAUAGGGGCAACAAUGGGCUCUGCAGAAUUGCAGAUACAAACUGAUGAAGGUCUCAUUAGCAUGCCAAACAAUGUCUGUUGUGUUGUUGUGGAGUAUCUUGCUGGUGGUACGCUAAAAUCAUACCUUAUAAAGAACAGGAGGAGGAAAUUAGCUUUUAAGGUUGUGAUCCAGCUGGCACUUGAUCUUGCAAGAGGGCUGAGUUAUCUUCACUCUCAGAAGAUUGUCCAUAGAGAUGUAAAGACAGAGAACAUGUUGUUGGAUAAGACACGCACAGUUAAAAUUGCUGAUUUUGGGGUUGCACGUGUUGAGGCAUCAAAUCCUAAUGAUAUGACUGGGGAGACUGGUACUCUUGGUUAUAUGGCUCCUGAGGUUUUAAAUGGCAACCCCUAUAACAGGAAAUGUGAUGUGUACAGUUUUGGCAUCUGUUUAUGGGAGACAUAUUGUUGUGACAUGCCAUAUCCUGACCUAAGUUUCUCAGAAAUUACUUCAGCUGUUGUUCGCCAGAAUUUAAGACCAGAAAUCCCAAGAUGUUGCCCAAGUUCUCUAGCACAUGUAAUGAAGAAGUGCUGGGAUGCCACUCCUGAUAAACGGCCGGAGAUGGACGAGGUUGUUUCCAUGCUGGAGGCCAUUGACACAUCCAAAGGUGGAGGUAUGAUCCCUCUUGAUCAGCAGCAGGGUUGUCUUUGCUUCCGCAAAUAUAGAGGGCCUUGAGGUUUUAUUCUUUAGUCCAGCAAACAAUUUGGUUUCAGUGAUUUUUCACUAUUUGAAGAAUCAAUUUGUAUCUAGAGUGAGAAAACAGGAUUUGGAUACUAGAUGAAACAAAUACACACUAGGGCGUACAGGUAGGAAGAGCUGGUGACAUGUCAAUAAUGCCUUGGAUUUGUAAAGCCGUACCUCUGAUUUUCAUUUUCUCUUACCUUUUUUUCCACACAUUGGUUUGGGUUUUGUGGGUAUGGGUAUUACUUUCAGCUUGGCAAUGUUGCCGGAUUGGACUUGUAACUUGCAGGAUCUUCGUUAUACUAUUGCAAACUUGCAAUCAUAAUUGAUGCGAUUAAGUUGGAUCCAUUUACUUGGUCUUCUAAUCUCUAUUCUCUAUCGGUGUGCUCACUUGAAAUCAUGUAAUAUUUUGCAGAAGGUAAUGGUGAAGCAAUGAUGUUUGUGUGGUCUACUUAGUAUCAAUAUAGAAUGGAGAGAGAAUAAAAUCAGAAUCAAUGUUUUACACCAUUCUCUGUACUUAAAUUUUGUUCAAGGACAGUAAAAUUAC